AUGAGAAAUCAUACAAGAUUAACGACGUUCAUACUCCUGGGAUUGACAGAUGAUCCACAACUGCAAGUUCUGAUAUUUAUCUUUCUGCUUGUUACUUACAUAUUGAGUGUCACUGGAAAUCUAACAAUCAUCUCUCUCACCUUAGUGAGUUCUCAACUUAAAUCUGCAAUGUACUUUUUCCUCCAAAACUUCUCCAUCUUAGAGAUCUCAUUUACUACAGUUUGUAUUCCCAGAUUUCUUUACAGCAUGUCUACUGGAGACAACACUGUUACUUACAAUGCUUGUGCAAGUCAAUUAUUUUUUAUUAUCCUUUUUGGAGCAACAGAAUUUUUUCUCCUGGCCAUCAUGUCCUAUGACCGCUAUGUAGCCAUCUGCAAGCCCCUGCAUUAUGUGACCAUCAUGAACAGCAGUGUCUGCAGAAGGCUUAUCCUCUUCUGUUGGGUUGGUGGCUUGUUAAUCAUAACCCCUCCACUUGGCCUAGGUUUGAAACUGGAAUUCUGUGACUCCAAUGUUAUUGAUCAUUUUCUUUGUGAUGCAGGUCCUAUCCUAAAGAUCUCCUGCUCAGACACAUGGUUCAUUGAGCAAAUGGUUAUAGCCUGUGCUGUGUUGACCUUCAUCAUGACCCUUGUGUGCGUAGUUCUUUCCUAUACAUAUAUCAUCAAGACCAUUCUAAAAUUCCCCUCUGCCCAACAAAGAAAAAAAGCUUUUUCCACCUGCUCUUCCCACAUGAUUGUUGUAUCCAUCUCCUAUGGAAGCUGCAUUUUCAUGUACAUUAAGCCUUCAGCAAAAGAAGAAGUGGAAAUUAAUAAGGCUGUAUCAAUACUCACUACUUCCAUUGCCCCAAUGUUAAACCCAUUUAUAUAUACUCUAAGAAACCAACAAGUCAAACAAGCUCUGUAUGAUUUCAUCAAAAGAAUUGCAUUUUUCUCAAAGAAAUAG